AUGGAGAAAAAAAAGAAAAUUAUUGACAUUUUAUCUGGAAGUCACAGUGAAGAUGGAACUAUGUUCCUCCCUAUUUAUGGCCUUGGAGGAAUGGGAAAGAGUACCUUGGCACAACUUGUUUUCAACGACACUGAAUUCAAAAGGAGGUAUCAGCAUCAUGUAUGGGUUUAUGUUUCUGAGGUAUUUGAUUUGAAGAAAAUAGGUACAUCUAUAAUUUCACAGCUACCAAGAGUUGGAUAUCAACAAAAUUUGGAUGAUCUGCAGAAUAUACAACUGUGCCUAGAUAAAUUGCUUCCUGGCAAGAAUAUUUUGAUUGUUUUAGAUGAUAUAUGGCCGAAUGAAGUUUUGGAGUUGAAUAAACUGAAAACAAUGCUUGAAAUAGAUAACAAAGACAGCAUGCUACAUGUCAUUGUAACCACACGUAGUGAAUCCAUUGCAAACAAGAUUUGCGCCAAAAAGGCAUACAAGCUACAACCUUUAGAUGAUAAUUUAUGUUGGGAUAUCAUAAAGAGUUGCAGUGGCUUCGAAGAUACAAGCAAUAAUGGGGAACUAGAAUGUAUAGGAUUGGAAAUUGCAAAGAAAUGUGGAGGUGUAGCAUUAGCAGCUCAAGCAAUUGGAUACACAUUAGGAUCAAAAGAUUUGGAUGAAUGGUCAAAAAUAAACAACAGUGAUAUCUGGAAUGAAUCUUUUGGAGUUGAUGUUCCACAACAUAUGAAAGUGCUUUCUUCCUUGAUGUUAAGCUAUGAAAGGUUGCCGCCAAUCUUGAUGUUAUGCUUCUCCUAUUGUGCCAUAUUCCCAAAAGGCUAUGAUAUCUUUGAAGAUGAUUUGAUUCACCAAUGGGUUGCUCUUGAUUUUAUUAAGAAGCCCUCAGAAGGCAAGGAAUAUAUUAAGCAACUUCUGGGAAUGUCCUUCCUUCAAGAUUCGAAGUUACUCUCGGCGUCUAUGAGAGGGGUGCGGUACACCAUGCACGACCUAGUGCACGACCUGGCCACAUCAGUCCUCGCUGACGAACUAACUACGGUUGACGCUUCACACAAGAGUAGCAGCAACACAAGAGAGCAGAAAUACUGUCGUUUGACUGAGCUCUACAUGAUUGGUUGUUCUGGAAUUACUGGUCUUCCAGAAUCAUUUGGUGGAUUGAAAAGUUUGACACAUCUCGACAUGAGAUAUUGUUCUGGAAUUACUGGCCUUCAAGAAUCAUUUGGUGGAUUGAAAAGUUUGAAACACCUUGACAUAGAAGGUUGUUCUGGAAUUACUAGCCUUACAGAAUCAUUCGGUGGAUUGAAAAGUUUGAAACAACUCCAGAUGGAAGGUUGUUCUGGAAUUACUGGUCUUCCAGAAUCAUUUGGUGGAUUGAAAAGUUUGACACAUCUCGACAUGAGAGAUUGUUCUGGAAUUACUUGCCUUCCAGAAUCAUUUGGUGGAUUGAAAAAUUUGACACAUCUCAACAUGAUAGAUUGUUCUGGAAUUACUGGCCUUCCAAAAUCAUUCGGUGGAUUGAAAAGUUUAACAAUUCUCGACAUGAAAUGUUGUUCUAGAAUUACUGGUCUUCUACAAUCAUUCGGUGGAUUGGAAAGUUUGACACAUCUCUACAUGAAAAGUUGUUCUGGAAUUACUGGCCUUCCAGAGUCAUUCGGUGGAUUGAAAAGUUUGAAACACCUCCACAUGGAAGAUUGUUUUGGAAUUACUGGUCUUCCAGAAUCAUUUGGUGGAUUGAAAAGUUUGACACAUCUCGACAUGAGAAGUUGUUCUGGAAUUACUAGCCUUCCAGAAUCAUUUGGUGUAUUGAAAACUUUGACUGAGCUCUACAUGAUUGGUUGUUCUGGAAUUACUGGUCUUCCAUAA